AUGCAGGACGAAACUUGUGUAGGAAGGUUCGUCCGUUAUGAUUGCGGGCCUCUCGCGGGUCGCGUUAUCAGAGCAGAGCUGCACGAGUUCCAGAAACCGGAUAUGGGGAGAAAAUUUGCGAAACGUGACAGACGCCCCCUCGACCCGCCUCCUGUAAUUCGCCUUAGAAUGUUUGAGCUGCUAAAUCCAGGAUUGCCGUCUGAGCAGGAAGCUGAGUUGCCAGCUGAGUACGCGGACACAUACACUCCAAUUCCGUUCGAUAUCGCAGCGCUCACUAUAUCAUCCAGCGAUAUCGAUGUAUCGGGUUUAAUUGCACACAUAGACUUAUUUCCUGUCCCCCCUCCUACUGAAGGUCAGCCCGCACCUUCGUUCCCUCCACCCCCAGUUUCCGUGGACUUGGGUUUCCUUGGUCCAUCUGCAUUAAGCCCUCGACCAUCCUCACCUACUGGCUCAGUGUUUGGUUCAUCGUUCGUGCAUGCAGUGCAUAUGGAUUGGAGAGGUGAACCCGUCAUUUUCUUCGUUUUCUCCGAUGUUAGUGUAAGACAAGAGGGGUACUUCUGCCUGAGAUAUCGCUUCUUUGACUUGUUUAGUCGAACUGCGGGAUCCAGCGACGUUCCCAUUGCAGCAGAAUUGUAUAGCGGAGGAUUCGUUGUGCAUUCAACAAAAGAUUUUCCGGGUCUUCAGCCAUCCACACCUCUCACGAAGCAUCUUUCGAGGUGGGGCGUCCGGGUGAACCUACGCGAGGGCGACCGGAGGCGAGCGGCUGGCGACUCAAGCGAUGAUGAUGAUUCGCGGGACCGCUCGGCUAACAGCAGAAAAACACUAAAAAACGCACGGCCCCCAACCAGAUAA